AUGGCGACCACUACAAGAAAUAAACAUAAGCAAAUACUCAAAGAAGCAGAAGAAGCAGCAGCAAAAGAAAGAAGUUCAAUACAAGAAAUUGCAGAUGAAAGUGAAAAUGAUUCUAGUUAUUUAUAUGAAUCAGAAAUUUUAUUAGAGAAAAGUUUUAUAACAAUACAAGAAAUUAAUGAUAACACAAUAUCUGAUGCAUCUAUAUCAGACCUUAAUAUAAUUAUUAAUGAUGAAGUAGAAGUCAAUAAACAGUCUUUAUUAAUGAAAGAAAGAAAGCCUCCAUCUAAAAUCACGAAACCUAAAACUAGCUGGGUUUGGAAAUUUUUUCAAUUUAAUGAUGAUAAUACUAAAACUAUUUGUCAGAUUAAUGGUUGUGAAAAAAUGCUUGCAUGGUGUGGUUCUCCAAGUUCAAUGAAAACACAUUUAUCAGGAAUGCAUAAAAUUACAAAAGCUAUUGCAAUGAGAUAUGAGGAAGAAGAAUUAGAAAAACUUAAGAAACCUGAUAAUAUUAUUAACCCACAUAAUUCUUCUAAACAAGAAACUUUAACUAAAAAUGUCAUAGGUUUUGUUAUUGGUACAGUACAACCCCUAAGUAUCACUGGUCAAAAACCAGGCAAACGUGGCAUAGUAGCCUUUAUCUUUAUUAAAUUUAUUCGAACUUUACAAUUUACAAAAAAAAAAUAA